GCGACGACCUGGAGCAAAUGGUUGAAGUGGAGAAGAUAUCCGAUGCAAAAGUAUCGGCCUAGUAAAAAUUGCAUUACAACAAAUUAGCCCAGCAUCACAAAUUCAAUUUGUAGUGAUGCUGACUUACCUUGAGAAAGAGAUUUGUAAAUGCAUAAACGCAAUUACUACGAGUACGAAAGUUCUGCACAGGAUGGAAGAUAUCCAAUGCAAAAGAAGUACUGCGCUUCCUCGGACUAGAUGAAUUUGAACUACCAGGCGUCUUUUCAAUUUAUGCAUGACAGGGCUGGCUUAGUGAGUCACUCAGCAUCACGACCACAGAUCUCGCUUUAUAUAUGCGUUUUGUCAAGACACGUCUCCACCUCCAGUGACGAGUCCAAUGCCGAUCAGAAUUUUGCAAUGCAUAGAAGAAACACCCACUAUCGGCGCAAGCAAGGGCUGUGCUGCUCAAGGACACCGACGGCCCAGACGACGAGGCUGCUCUUGCUGAUGAAAAUGAGCCCACGGGCACUGAUCCAGCUCUCUCGCGGCCAGCCGGGGAGCUGCGGAAAAUCCCGGGCACGGACGUCGAAGGAGAUGAAAAUCAUGCAGGUGAAGACGUGAAAGACGCGAGUACUGUUGAAGAUGUGGUGGAAGAUGAGAAGCACGUGAACAUCAAAAGCCCAAGUGCCACGGGAACGGACACGACCCCCGUUUAUUCUGUAGAAGCUCCAUCUACUUCAGUUGCAAUCGAAAACAAGAAGUCGAACGCUGUUGCUCCA